AACGGUGAAGGAAACAGUAUCGCCACAAAUAGAGUACGGAUAAGUUCUUAUUGCUUAUCGAGAUACAUAGACUGCACAGUAUUGAAUGCAAGCAGUAUGCCAGACGCUGAAGAUUCCUCAUAUGACAGCGAUUAUGAAGCUGAGGACUUAACGACGACAAUGACGACAACAACGACGACGAUGAUGACGACGACGGCAAUUAUAAGAGGUUCAGAAUCGCAGGUAUCCUCCGCAGUGCAUGCUGAUAUCUCUCGCACGGCAUCUGAUACUCUAGCAGCUGAGUUUGCAGAAUACGUCACUAUGGAUGGACCUUCAUCCACACAAAACCCUGGUUACACCGCUCGCGUAGAGUUCGCCCUGAAACUGGGUUACACCGAGAGAUUGGUACAAGCAGCUUUGCAGAAGCUAGGUCCGGAUCCUGGUCAAAACGAAUUAUUAGCCGAGCUGAUCAAGCUCGGAGCAACUUGUUCUCCGAAAUUCAUUGAUGGUCCCGAGGAAACUGAUAACUUGCUAGACACUGAAGCGGACACAGACGAAAGCGAAGGAUCGAUUUUGAUUUCGACAACAGUAACGAAUGGAAUCUUAUCGACGGAUUUGAGAUCUAUCGUCAUCGAUGGCAGCAAUGUCGCUAUGAGUCACGGCAACAAGGAGAUAUUUUCCUGUCGUGGCAUCAAAAUCUGUGUCGACUGGUUCCGUGCCAGGGGCCACAAAGAGAUCACUGUCUUUGUUCCCAAAUGGCGGAAAGAAGCCUUUAGACCCGAUAAUCCGGUUGUCGACCAGGAAAUUUUGAGCGAGCUCGAGAGAGAUCGUUUACUGGUGUUCACACCCUCUAGAUUAGUAGGGGGAAAACGUAUGGUAUGUUAUGAUGAUCGGUACAUCUUGAAGCUAGCCGCUGAAGUCGAUGGCAUUGUUGUCAGCAAUGAUAAUUACCGGGACUUAGCACAGGAGAACCCUGAGUUCAGAAGGGUCGUUGAAGGGAAAAUCCUAAUGUACAGUUUUGUAAAUGACCGAUUCAUGCCACCGGACGAUCCGCUGGGUAGAAGUGGACCUACGCUGGAGAACUUUCUCAGGAUCGCUCCCAAGAAAGUUGACCCAGCACCUCCAUGUCCUUAUGCUAAGAAAUGCACAUAUGGCAAUAAGUGUAAGUUCUGGCAUCCUGAGAGAGGAUUACAUCCACAUAAAUCUGUGACAGAACGAUUAGUGGAGCAUGCCCAGCGUCACCUACAGGCUCGUGGACCUAGUCUGAGUCUACCAUUACCAUCCAUAACUGCGUCUGUGUCAUCACAACAUCCAUUACUCUGUAAAACCAGAUCUGCUAUACCGCCGACCAUCGUUCAAUCUUUGUCGCCCGUCCCGAAGAGUAGAUCUGUGGAAAAUGUCACAUCUGACUUGUUCUCAACUAGUCCGGCCAUAUACAACCAACAGAUGCCUCUUGCACAGAAUCUUCAAAGCUAUCUUCCUGCAGUAAAUUGGGGCACGUCAAGAGUGAGCAAACCUGAACCAGAACCGGCGAACAUGCAUCGCAAAUUGCAGCGACAAUUAACUCUGAAUCCAGUAUACGAUCCGCGACUUUAUCAGCUCAGGCGACAUCAACAGCAGCAGCAGACUGAUCAACUGCAGCGAUCAGUCAUCAGUCCUCCGCACUCCAACAUACAACAUCGACCGUUGACGAGACAUGCGAGUAAUGAGCCGUCGUAUCCAGUUACUGCCAUAAACUGGGACCAUCCCGAUUGUUUUCAGCAUCAUCAUCAGCACGUGAUGCGUAUCGCUUCUGCCCCAGACUCUUAUAAAGCGUGGCUGCCACAAACUACCACCUUGAUGCGACCAUCGCCAAUUCAGAGGCUGGGUACUUCAGACCCUCAAUUAAACCUACUACAAUCGCCACCGUCCACGAGUUUACACAUACCUUGGGACACACAUGCCCAUGACGCUCGACGUCGCUUGCAUUAUCAUCUCGCCAACAUCUUCCCCGAAGAACAAGUGCAAGCUGUCAUGGCGCUUCAUCCGCACGAGAUCGACCCUCAACAGAUUUGCGCUACCAUUUUGGCGAUGUUUCCAAAAAAUCAAAAUUAA